ACGGUUGGAGUCAAAAGUGUCGCGUGUUUGUGUCAGGGCGUGGUUGGCGCUUCGAAGUUACUGGAAGAGGUGACGUUUGAUGAGCCGAUAUCCAACCGCCAGAACAUGCUGUGUAUGUUUGGAACCGUUGAUCCACAAGGAACCGUUUCAUGAUCUUCGUUUGUUUCAUGCAUCUCUACCUUUGACUCCCGAUACAUAGUUCUCAUUGUUUCGGUUGCUAACAAUAGCACUGAUUGCCAAUGAACAAUGGGUUAUAGGUCAGAACGUUUGGGAGAGGAACUGUUUCUAAGUUAAGCACCAAACCAAGUCUCUUCGGGACCGUAAACUGCGCAAAAUGAGCCAUCUGAGCAAAGAGACCCUCGAGUCGGCGAAGAUCACCGUGCUCCCCGACCACUUCUACUACAUCCCGAAUUUCAUCUCCCCCGAAGAAGAGGCAUCCAUCCUUCAAAAGAUCCCCCCCAACCGCUGGACCCAACUCACCCACCGCCGCCUCCAACCCCACCCCUCCCCCCUCACCCCCACCAACGUUCUCCUCGCCGCCCCCCUUCCCCCCUGGCUCUCUACCCACCCCCCCCUCCUCCCCCGCUUCCACCACCUCGCCCUCUUCGACUCCACCCCGCACGCAUCGCCGAACCACGUGCUCGUCAACGAGUACCGCCCUGGCGAGGGGAUCAUGCCGCAUGAGGAUGGCGCCGCGUAUGCGCCGGUGGUGGCGACGGUGAGUUUGGGGGGGGCGACGUGUCUUGAUAUCUACGAGAAGGUGGACGGGGAGGGGACAGAGACGGCGAAGGAUGGCAGGGUGAGGGGAAAAUACCGCAUCUUACAGGAACCGCGGUCAUUGCUCAUCACGAUGGGGAGGGCGUACGUGGAUCUGCUGCAUGGGAUUGCGCCGGUCGAGGUGGAUGAGAACUUGAAUGCGGAUACAGUAGCGAAUUGGGGGCUGUUGGGCGCUCCCGGGGACUAUGAAGAUGGAAGGUCCGCCCGGGAAACGCGCGUCUCGCUGACCUAUCGAGAUGUGCUUAAAGUGAGUCAGGUUAUGAAAGGGCUGUUUGGGAGGCAGAAAUGA